AUGCUCAGACGAAGCAAGCGCCUCCAGCGAGCGCGUCCCGCCACUGCCACUGAUGACCCUCCGACACUCCUCCCUCACCUGCCACCCGAGGUGUGGAUGAUGAUCUGCGGCUUCCUCGGUCAAGAGAGCAGGCCGCACCUCGACAACGUUGAGAUACCUGAAAAUAUCCACACAGACGCCCAAACGGUCUCCUGCGAAGCGCGGGCGGCACUGGCCUGCGUUAUGCGCACAGCACAGGGCCUGUACCAUAUCGCAGGCAGGGAGCUGUACCGCCGUCUGGAUCUCAAGUCGUCGUCGUUUACCAAAGUCGUGGCAGGUUUCUUCGACCUCCCUCCCCCCCAAAACGUAUUAUCCUCCUUGGCGAUGGGCAGCAGAGAAACGAGACAGCACAUUCUCUCGCCUGCGAACCGCAAAUGCCAGCUGUUCAAGUAUGUCAAACACCUCAACAUUGUCGACCUUGUAGCGUGGUCAAAGGAGCAACAAGACCUCUUGGACCUCGGACAGUGUUUCCUCGGCUAUCCCCUGCUCGGGAAUGGCACCAAAGUACGCAUCUUCCCCAACCUCGAAGUUGUCACCAUUCGACCAAGCGUCCACAUCGAGCUCGCGGACCUGUACUGGCGGGGCCAUUUCCGCCCACCUUUUCUACAUUUCCUCGCUCGCGAACGGCCACGCCGCGCUUGUGUCGCCUACCCAACUGUCUGGGGACGUGCAUCGUAUCCGGGACCCAUACGAGAAUGCAACCUGCCGACCUGCGUUGGUGGCAAGUGCGUCAACGAGCGGCGACACCCGAACGACUCGCCAUGGACGCUGUUCGCCGGCGAGAGCGUCGACGACCGGAACCGGAAACGAUACGACUCGCUCCAGUCGGGGAUCGGUUCGUGCUGGCUACAGUGGCUGUGCGAGCACUGGCAGCUCGACAGCCUCACGUUACAUCACUGGUGGAUGGUUGCCGGCCCAUGCUUCCGCGUCAAGAACCUGCGCCUGUUCGCCGCCCUCGACGGCAUCAGCGACAUGUGGUGCUGGGCCACACCGUACUCCCUGCGGUUCCUCGCGGGCGAGCACGAAGCCGAGUGCGGCGGUGCGCCCACGACCGGGCGGACAGCGGAACAGCAGCCGGAACACGUCGAGAUUGCCAAUGUCGGCCUCAACGUCCUCCUCUGCGGCUGUCUACUCACCUAUGUCCAAGCGCUGGACGCGUACAAGGACGCCAUGAGCCGGCAUUUCGCAAACGAGCCGUUCUCGCUGAGCAUGCCGCAUUGGUGGGACGCGCCGCCAUAG